AUGCAAAUGGUAAAUGCACUUCUGGCGCACCUGGUGCCACAUCUGUUUUUCUUGCACGGUGUGGAUCCCGUGCGAGUCGAUGAUGCAGAGUUGAUCUUGCACGUGCAGCCUGAAGGCGAGGGUAGACAUUGCACUGAAGUCUGCGUCCAAUCCCCGAGCACACCGUAUCUCUAUGAACUUCGUGGGGAAGCGGCUGCACGCGCGAGUUGGCAGCUGCAGGGCCAGGACAAGUUCUUUCUGAGCACGAGCUGCGCCGCAGCGGCUCCUGCCGGAGAUGUCCAUGUGGUGCCCUGGAUGGAUGCUGAGGAUCCCAUCAACAACUCCUUCCUGGCAGUCUACAUCGAACCUGUCCGCGAGAUACUGCUGCGCAAGACCAAGGCCACGACAAAGGUCUGUGCUAUUGAGCCUCGUGGGCCCCAGGAUGUUUCGAGAUGCAUCUGCGAGCUUCACCGCGGUGGGGCAGCAGAAAAGCGCAGUGUUCUGGAACUCAUGGCGGACGUGCUCCCAUUUGCAGCCUCCCGGUCGAUCUUGCAGCUGCAGGCGAAGGCGGAAAGCAAUUGCCCCACGGCAUGGAUCACGGAUGUUGUGGCCGUUGGUCUACUCCUGCUGACCUUUGUCCCUAUGCUGGCGUGCCUGGAAGCUCUGCUGGCAUCGCGCAGCCACGUCAGCUCGGCCAAGCCAACGACAAGCCCCUCUUCUGAUGUUUUUUCGUUCAAAACACCGCUGGCCAACUUCGGUACUGGGCUGGGAUGGGUAGCCGGCUUUGCUGGGUCUCUUCUAGCGCUCCAGAGCUCAGUGCUACUUGUGGCUGGCAAGGGGCAGGGGGCAGAGGCCUCAGAGGCCGGCAUUUGGCUUCUCAUCGCCUGGCCUUCCAUCCUCGUGGCUCUUGGAGCCUACCGUCUCCUGGAUCUGCUCGCGCGCAAGCAGCUGGAGCACUGCUGCCUGCAGCACGGCAUGCUGCUCGUCCAGCCAAGUCCCAGCCGUUUCUUUGACUUGCUCGUGUUGUGCGGCUUAGCCGGCUACGCGCUGGGAGCGCUGCUCUAUGUCGGCUUUGUGAGCUGGCAGGCCACGGCAGUAGUGCUCACGGCCCUGGCCGGGCCCGCUUUCACAGGGGCCAAAGUCUUCCUGAACAUGAUGGAGCUGGAGGCUGAGCUGGAAACAGUGCGAGCAAAAAGCCAGCAAUUUGGCGAGGGCCGAGAAGGAGAAGUUCGUCGUGUUCCUUGGAGUUCCGCUUUCACCGCCUGGCGCCAGGGCGCCCUCCUGCCCGAGGCCCAAGCGGGCAGCGAAGGCGGUGCGGGCGAUGGCCGAUUUCGCUUGGCGUGGGAUUUCGGAUGGCAGCGUCGGGCCGUGUGCCAGCUCACUGGCUCGAAAUCGGGCUACAUGAUUGUCCCUGCACUCGUGGCGAUCAUUUGUGGCUUUGCAGGCGUCUCGGUGCUGCAAGCUGUGGCCUACGGGUGCUCCAAGGGCCAGCUGGCAAGGUUGGAGCUCGCAAGCUCCCUGCAUACCAUCGGUUUCCAGCCUUACCAGCAACAUUUCGAUGUCUACAUGGACACUUCUUUCAAGCAGGUCGCGAUCACUGCCUUCGCCGACGCCCCAAGAACAAGGUGGAUUUCAGUGACGCAGCCCAAAACCGUUGAAGGCUGCCCGUCCGCAGAGCCCGCAGUCAAAGAGAACAUCGAGGAAGACAACGGCGCUCUUGUUGCCGACCUCCAGCUUUCGCGUGCGCUGAUCCCCCGCACCACCAGCAUCCGGGUUCAGGGGCUUCGGCCCAACAUCGCGGCCACUGAGUAUCUCGUACACUUCGCCCCAUUCAAGACACUGCCUCGGCUCCUCCGCCUCAGCGGUGCAAACUUCAGCACAACUGUGGCCUUUUCGGCCCUUCCCGGCUCUGUCAUCAGCAUCCCAGAAGGUACGGCGAGCCUGGAGCUGGAAGUGGAACUCACCGACUUCUUCCUUGGUCUGCCGGUGGAGCCGCACCGCGGCCCUGAGAAGGGGGAGGUGGCCCUGUGGACUGUGAUGCAGGAACUUCCUGAGAUCAACGAGUCAGCAUGCAAGGCACAGUGCCGACAGAACCCGGAAUGCCUCGACAGCUUCCUUGGCCAACGAGCCUGCUUUCUUGCUUACAAUCGUCACAGGGAGGCUGGCAAGGUCAGCAGCAGAAGGCGACUUCGAGAGCCGCAGCCGGCGGGGGCCCGGCGUCUCAGUGGCCUGCUGACCGGAUGCACCAUUCCCUCGUCGCGAAUGGUGCCAGAUGUGCAAAGGCAGGAGGGCAAUUGUGCCGAGGUUGCGGAGGAGGGGCGGCGGCUCCACUUCAAGGAUGUGCGGCCCGACUGGCAGAGCCACUUGGGGAGGUUGGAGCUGGGUGUGGUCUUGGAGGUGGGCGAACAGAGGUUCCAGACAGAGACGCAGGUGGUGGCCUUGCGCGAAGGCUUGCCGGUACCUGCCAGCGCCUUCGUAGAUCUCCUUGCGGAGAGUCACGGAGGCAUCCUGCCCAACACGACGCGCGGCCGCAUCGAGACCAACGCUUCCGUGGACUCGGCGGGCGACGUUAUUGUGGAGAUCGACGAGUUUGACCCGGCGGAGGUCAGCUCACUGCAACUGUUCGUGCUGCCCACGCUCCUGGACACCGCCUUCAACGUCUCUUGGGAAGCCGAGCUGGUUCUUGCCAGCACAUCGGAACAUUCGCGCCUGAAGGAAGGACGGCUGUGCAGAGAGAGCGGCUGGCUCCGGCACCGCUAUGCCCUCUGUGGCCAACAUGGGCUCCUGUCAGAUUUGCCCGCCUCCCUACCCGUCUCGCCGUGGACAGGCCAGUUUGAAGAGGAGCCGCGGUUCAAAGUCUCACCACGUGCGGGCCACCUGAGUCCUGGCCUCUGGCCAGCUCCACGGUCGCACGAAGUGCGGCUUGUCUUCGCCGGUGCGGACAGCCCUGCGGCUUGGGGCGCCAAGAAGCAUGGCUGCGAUGCUGUGAAGUCUAGCCAGAGGGGCAUCCUGGCCUCUGCGGAUGCCGUCUGCCACCUCUUCAGCCUGGACUGCGGAUCGGACUUCUGCAUUCUUGUUGACAACGAAGCGCUGGCUGGAGCAACAGUUUGGUCCAAUGGCCGUCAUAUACACAUCGAGCCGCUGUUGGCACCUUCCAGUGUGGUCCGGGUGGGGGUAUGUGCUCGACGGCUUGGUGCUUGCAGCAGCUUCUCUAACUGGACAUCGUGGACCUUCGAUGCUGUCACACGGACUCUGAUGCUUGCUAAGCACGGUGCAUCAGUUCCCGUCUCCGUGCUGGUGGCGCAGGUGGCGAAGCUCGGUGACCAAGGCCUGGUCUUCCUGGAGCACGUGUACGGCGCAGUGAUGGUCUCCGAUAAGUUUGAGACGAGAGUAGAAGAUGCCUUCCAGGAAGCAUUGAGUGCGGCCACCUGGACCUUGGAUCCGGUGCCGCCUUCGCUGCUGCUAGCUGUGGCCAGGCUUAACAAGACGACCAUGCCGAGCCUGUUGCUUCAGAGCUUGGUCAAGUCCCCCAACCUCCAUUCUUUCGGUGAGAUGGACCGCAAGGAGCUCGCCAAGUUGCAGGAGGCCUUCGUGUCGGUCAAGGUGUUCCAAGUGGAGCUGUCCGACCCCGUGCAGUUCGGGCAGCUGGGAUCCGCACUGGACCUGGCCAGUGACGUGGAAGAGCUUCACAUCUCCUGUGCCAGGUGCCCUGGAGCCUCCCGGGAGCCGCCCAAGGAGCCUUGGACCCGCUUCGCAGCGCGCUUUGGGCGCCUGAAGCAUUUGACGGGGGUGGGUUUGUAUCACCUGCGGCUGGGCGACUCUUCAGGUGCACCCUUGCGAGAGGCUUUCCGCCGUUCAAGCGAACUCAGAAAGAUCGAUUCUGUCGUCCUCGAGCUGAGCCCAUCGGCGGCCCAAGCAUUGGCCACUGGCCUCGCGGCAGUGUCAAAGCUGGAACGGUUCUAUUACCACUGGGCCCCACCGGAAGACUCCGCGGAGCUCCUCAAAGCCCUUCAGACGCAUCCGCUGCCAAGGGGACUGAAAAACCUGUGGUUUGCCAACAAUCGCGUGGGCCCCGAGAAGGGCGCGCCGCUCUCGCAGAUCCUUGCCCGACUGCCAGGACUGCAACAUCUGAAAAUCUUGGGCAAUGAUUUGGGAGACGAAGUGGGCCGAGAGCUGGCCGGCCCUCUCAGCAGGAUGGAGCAGCUUGGAGAUCUGGACGUGCUCCGUGGCAACAACUUCAGCAAAGACACUGAGGAGGCCAUCCGGGAGGCUUGCCCCAACUGUUACUGA